AUGCCUCUCGCCGCUCUUCCGACGCUCUUCCUUUCCAUCUUUUCCAUAACGGUCCCCGCCGUUGGUCCCAUCGUUGACUGCUAUGUUCGUCGCGCAUGCAAGAUCGCCCCUUCGAACGAGCCCUUCUCGACCGAAGACCUCGCAAGCUCCAUCAUCCCGGGCCUGAACGAGACCGUUCAGAUCCGUGCCGCGAGCGAGGGCUUGCUGGAGACGGCCGCUGCCACGGGCUACUGUGGCGUUCCCCAGUACAACUUCGACAUGUGUAACACCGACUUGGGCAGAGUCACUAUCUACACCUCCAUUCCCGGAGCCGGCGUUGCCCGGUUUGAUAACGUGCCUCCCACCUGCAUGGUUCUCUCCACCGUUCUUACCGGCGGCUGCGGCGUGGCUCCCCCCUAUCCGACCGUUUGCGGCUCGGCCUGCUUGCAGUACUCCGGUCUCAGCGAAGCCCAGUUCAGACAGUUGGGCGAUGCCCUCAGGCGUUAA